AUUGAGAACAGUCGUAACCCAGUUUAAUACAUAAAGCGGUAUCUCUCAGGUCUAGGAGGAGAGAAGAGCUGAGAUUUGUGGCAAGUCACGGAACGAAAAUGAUCUCAGAUAGCUAAGGUGCAGUAGAGCCAGCAGAGACGUCCUGUGUUUGGGGGGUAAAGUAUCGGGAGCAAACAUGAGGAUCAGCUAGUGUUAGUGCUUCAUACGUAGCUACCCUGGUGUGAUUUAAAGUGUCUUAAAAAACUGUGAGCAGCUUUUUGGAAGGACUCUGCGUCUUGACUCUCAGGAUUGAUGGGCCGGAAAGGAGAAGGAGGAAGUGCCAUUAAAGAUUCAAUAUUCUGCUGGUGAUGCCACAAAGUGCAUUAUUGGGAAAUGGCCAAGUAUCUUCUGACAGCAGGCAGGAAUGAGAGAGACCUGGUUUCCUUCACCCUAGAGAAGCUCUGGUGCUGUUUUCCAGGGUAAAAGAGGGUUUGUCUCCAUGUCAGAGAACCCUUUCCACAGCCAUCCUAACCCCAGGUUUGCAUGUUGGUCUUCUGGUAGGGAAAAAAAAUGCAGCCCAUAAGGCAUUUGGAGUAAACAGGUUGAGAAUCCCUGUUUUAGAGUAUAUAAAGGUAUACCUAAUCAAGCCCACACAGAGCUCUUUGCUGCUAUAGAAAGAUUUCUUUUGGUAGCUCACAUAGUAUUAACUCAGAUAUCCCUACGUUAUACUCCAGUCUUCAGUACAGGCAAAAUCCUAAUGUAAAGUAGUCAUAAAAUACACAUUGUAUUUGAACAAGUUGGAAAAAAAGUGCCAGUGUCCACUUGAAAAAGUCCUGAAGUAUAGAAACAGUAGUGUUUAUGACUUUAACUCUCAUGCUUACCGUUUGCACAGAACUUGGUUAGACAACUGAGUUGUACACCCUUGUAGAAAAGGUAAUUUAAUGUUUUCUUUUUCAGGCUCCUCCAUUGCCAUCCUCCUCAUCUUGACAUUUUUUCAUGGACAUUAAAUGAAAACUUUUCUGAUAUUCAGGAAGUGACCCAGUUCUGCACCACUGAUUUUUGUAGCUAUCCCGUAAGGCUGCUGGCUGAAAGCUGUGUCUAUGCAACCUUCCAAGUGCGGAGUGUCAACCAACUGGACAGGAGAGAGCACUGCCUCCUACUCCAGAACUCAAAACAAACAAAGCUCAUCCAGCUGUACUUCAAAAAAAUAAUUCCAUGUUUUGUAUAUAUCUGACAAAACUGGCAAUGUUAUACAGACUACUGACUUGAAGACCACCUCUUUUGUAUUUCUCUGUUUCUGGGCUGAUGAGUUGGUUUCAUCCAUUUUUCCCCAUCAGAAUUUCCCUUGGAAAAAGUACUAGCUUAGCUGGUCAUUUCUUUGUAAGGUAGAUAGAAAUUUUAAGUCUUUCUUUAGGCAACUUUUUUUUUUUUUUUUUUUUUUUUUAAUGUGAAGAGUUAGGUGAUAUAAAUUUUUUACUGCUUUUAUGUUUUUCUGUCUUGUUUUGAAACCAUGACGGUUACACUUUUGGUUCCUAAAUAAAAUUUAAAGAAUUAACAGCCAAGUCACAAAGAUAAAUGGGUUGCACAUAGACUAAGGAAUAAACUUCAGAUUUGUGAUUUUUGUUUCUAAUCUUGAUGUAAAUUUACACUAUUUAUAAAUACAUAUUUAUUGCUUGAAAAUAUUUGUGAAUGGAAUGCUGUUAUUUUUUCCAGAUUACCUGCCAUUGAAAUUUUAAGGAGUUCUGUAAUUUCAAACACUACUCCUAUUACAUUUUCUAUAUGUAAAUAAAACUGCUUAGCAUUGUACAGAAACUUUUAUUAAAAUUGUUUAAUGUUUAAA